AUGGAGAAAGGAGCAACAGAAGGCGGCGGAGGACAGAAGGUGGUGGCCGGGUUCUCGUGGGUGGUGGAGGGGCUGCUGGCGGGGAGUGCGGCGCCCGGCAGUUUUCCGGCUGCACUGGCGGACGACCUGGCGGCCCUGGCGAGCGCGGGGGUGACGGCGGUGGUGUCCCUCAACGAAGCCCACCCGCCCCUCCAGCCCGAAGCCGACCUCCAGGCCGCCCUCGCCCCCGGCGGCACGCUGCGGGUCCACCUCCACUUGCCCGUGCCCGACUACCGCCCGCCCACCCUGGACCAGAUGCGCGAAUUCGUGGCUUUGGUUGAGGAGCAGCGCGCGCUGGGCGGAGCGACGUUGGUGCACUGCAACGCGGGCAUGGGGAGGACGGGCACCAUGCUGGCGGCCUACCUGAUUGCCGCCCAGGGCGUGCCAGCUCGUGAGGCCAUUGCCACCCUCCGUCGCAUGCGACCGGGCAGCGUCCAGACGUUCAAGCAGGAGGAUGGGCUGAUCGCCUUCGAAGAGAGCCUCCAGAAGCAGCCUCGCCCAUAG